AUAUGUAAAUUUGUUUUAAAAGAAACUAAAUGGCCUAACAUUACAUUUCGAUUGUUAGAUAGAAAAACACAAAAGCCAUGCUUGAAGUGUGUGAAUUAAGCAUCCAUAUUGAUCACUGAUAUGUUUUUGAUUUGAGCAGAUCUGCUUCUCCAACCACACAGCAAUUCACCUUUAGCGAAGCUCCUCCCACAGCGAUUCACCAGUAAAUGCUGGAAUAUUUUCAUCGGCCUACAAGUGAAGACAGACUUUAUUAAAGAAAGUCGAAAACAUGACUGAUCCAGAACCCUGCAGAAUAAAACAGGAAGACACUGAAGAAAAAAUAGACCUGAUAGAAGAGAACAAGGAGAUUGAAGAACUGACUGAAGUGGAAGAGAAACAUCAUGUAAAAACUGAAGAAACAUCCUCAAGUCCCUCAUUGAAAAGAAGAGAUGAAAUCUGUUUCACUUGCUCUCAGUGUGGAAAGAGUUUCUCAUGCAAGCAAAGUCUUGAUAUUCACAUAAAAUUUCAUCUUGAAAGGUUUUCAGAUGACCCGAAGGACCACCUGAAAGUUUAUACAAAGGAGAAGCCUUAUGUAUGUAAUUUAUGUGGAAAGAGUUUUAUUCAGAUGAAUGCAUUUAAAAUGCACCAGAUAAGACACAGCGGUGUGAAGGAUCAUGCUUGCUCUGAAUGUGGGAAGACUUUUUUUACAGAUGACCUGAUAGAAGAGAACAAGGAGAUUGAAGAACUGACUGAAGUGGAAGAGAAACAUCAUGUAAAAACUGAAGAAACAUCCUCAAGUCCCUCAUUGAAAAGAAGAGAUGAAAUCUGUUUCACUUGCUCUCAGUGUGGAAAGAGUUUCUCAUGCAAGCAAAGUCUUGAUAUUCACAUAAAAUUUCAUCUUGAAAGGUUUUCAGAUGACCCAAAGGACCACCUGAAAGUUUAUACAAAGGAGAAGCCCUAUGUAUGUAAUUUAUGUGGAAAGAGUUUUAUUCAGAUGAAUGCAUUUAAAAUGCACCAGAUAAGACACAGCGGUGUGAAGGAUCAUGCUUGCUCUGAGUGUGGGAAGACUUUUUUUACAGAUGGUGCACUGAAAGUGCACCUGAUAGUUCACACUACAGAAACGCCUUACAAGUGUUCACACUGUGACAAGAGAUUCAAACGGUCAAUAUAUAUGAAAAGACAUGAGAGAAUCCACACUGGAGAGAAGCCGUACACAUGUGAUCAAUGUGGGAAGAGCUUCAGACUAAAAGGAAUCCUUAAUGAUCACAUGAAAAUCCACACUGGAGAGAAGUCUCACACAUGCGAUCAAUGUGGAAAAAGUUUUGCACAAAAAGGAAAUCUUAAAGAACACAUGAAAAUCCACACAGGACUGAAGCCACACACAUGUGAUCAGUGUGGGAAGAGUUUCAGACUAAAAGGACUUCUUAAUGAUCACAUGAAUAUCCACACUGGAGAGAAGCCGCAUACAUGUGAUCAGUGUGGAAAGACUUUCGCCCAAAAAGCAAACAUUAGCAAACACAUGAAAGUGCACACUGGAGAGAAACUGCACACUUGUGAUCAGUGUGGAAAGAGUUUUUCACAAAAAGGAAACCUUAAAGAGCACUUUAAAAUCCACACUGAAGAGAAGAUGCACACAUGUGAUCAGUGUGGGAAGAGUUUCAGACAUAAAGGAAACCUUAAGAAACACAUGAAAAGCCAUAUUGUGGAGAAGCCGCACACAUAUGAUCAGUGCGGGAAGAGUUUGAGUUGUAAAAUAAAUCUGCGAACUCAUUCUAGAGAAAGACGAUAUAACUCUGACCAGUGCAGUACAAAAAAAGUCAGGGCACAUUUCCUGAAGGAGCACCUGAAAGUUCAUUCAAAAGAGAAGCCUUACAUAUGUGAUUUAUGUGGAAAGAAUUUUAGUCAGAUGGUUGCAUUAAAAAUACACCAGAAAAGACACAGCGGAGUGAAGGAUCAUGUUUGCUCUGAGUGUGGGAAGACUUUUUUUACAGAUAGUGACCUGAAAGUGCACAAGACAGUUCACACUACAGAAACGCCUUACAAGUGUUCACACUGUGACAAGAGAUUCAAACGGUCAGAAAAUCUGAAAAUACACGAGAGGAUCCACACUGGAGAGAAGCCUUUCACAUGUGACCAGUGUGGGAAUAGCUUCAGACUAAAAGGAAAUCUUAACAAACACAUGAAAAUCCACACCGGAGAGAAGCCAUACACUUGUGAUCAUUGUGGGAAGAGUUUUGCACGAAAAGGAAAUCUUAACAAACACAUGAAAAUCCACACCGGAGAGAAGCCAUACACUUGUGAUCAAUGUGGGAAGAGUUUUACACAAAAAGCACUCCUUAAUGAUCACAUGACAAUCCAUACUGGAGAGAAGCCGUACACAUGUGAUCAGUGUGGGAAGAGUUUCAGAAUAUCAAGUGUUUUUAAAAUGCAUCUGCGUACUCAUUCUAGUGAAAGACUCUAUAACUGUGACCAGUGUGGUAAACAUUUCUUUAGGGCAAGUGCCCUAAAGAGGCAUCUGAAAGUUCAUUCAAGGGAGAAGCCUCAUGUGUGUUCUUUGUGUGGAAAGAGUUUUAGUGAGCGGGAUGCUUUAAAAAUACACCAGAAAAGACACAGCGGUGUGAAGGAUCAUAUUUGCUGUGAGUGUGGGAAGGCUUUUUUUACAGAUGCUGAAGUGAAAAUGCACCAGAGAAUUCACACUACAGAAACACCUUACAAGUGUUCACACUGUGAAAAGACAUUCAGACGGUUAGUAUAUCUUAAAGUACAUGAGAGGAUCCACACUGGAGAGAAGCCGUAUCACUGCCAUUCAUGUGGCAAGAGUUUCACUCAGUUAUCUUCUCUAAUCUGUCAUAAAAAAAAGAUGCACGUCUGAAAUUACAGUAAGUAAUUUAAUAAGUGACUUUUUAAUAAACUUUGAGUAAACUGAAUUGAUCUUCAAGUUUUCUGUCUUCCUCAAAAGU